AUGAGGAUGGAAUAUGGUGACGCUGCUUGGGAACGAAGCGAUAACAUAUUCAACGACUUCAAGAAGAAGGUCAUCAGCCAUGAUGUGCUUCUAGCAGUCACCGAGAUUGGGUCCGACCGGUUGAUUGUCCGAGUCGCAGACCUGGGAGCGUUCAACUUGUGUUUCAGCAUGGUCUUUGAGGAUGGAUUCUCAUCCUUCCUACGUUUUCCAUGUCCGGGCAGACUGAUAUUUCCAGGCGAAAAGGUCCGAAAUGAGGUUGCACUUAUGCCAUUUUUAAAGCAAAACCCGCAUAUCCCUUUUCCAAACAUUAUCCACCAUGGCAUGAGAGACGAGGGUCCCGCAGGACUAGGUCUGUUUAUUCUCAUGGAGUAUGUUGCGCAUGCAUCCAAUCUAGCUACUCAAAUAAGAGCUCCUGGAUAUAAAAGGGGCGAUCGCCCAUUCCUGGAUCCAAACAUUGAAGACGAGAAGCUUGAGCUUUUCUAUGGUCAGAUGGCUGAUAUUUUGCUGGGGUUCUCCAAGCUGUCUCUUGACAAGAUUGGCUCACUGGCCAGAGAUGCGAAAAUUGUUGCAGUCAUUGACUGGGGAUUUACAUAUACCGCCCCUGCAAAAUUCGCAUUUAUCUCACCUUGGUGGCUACUAUGGGAAAUGCCCGAGAAUGGGGGGAGGCUCAGACUGGACAAAAACCUACUAGCCAUGCCUCGAGAUAUUUCUCCGGGUGCUCAAACACCAUACUGGAGACAACAAAUAGAUACUCCGUUAUGCAUUUUCCUGUUAUGGAGUUAG